GAGGGUUGCCAGUCUGCCUCUCCAUAGCGGAGCCGCCGUCGCGGUGUGUGUUUUGGGAGCCAGCUAACUAGGAAGAGAGCGACGUCAAGCUCUUCCAGGGAAACAAAACAACCAAACGAGACUCUCUCAGCGGUUUCGCUGUGUAUUUUAGCUUAGGUUACUAGUACUAAAAGACAUUCAGAUAUGAGAUAUGUCAAGUUUUUUCUCCUGCUUUGCUGCCUAAAGGAUAUUAUUGGUCAGUUUGGAAACCCGUUGAACAAAUAUAUUCGCCAUUAUGAAGGUUUGUCAUACGACACAGAAGUUCUGCACAGCAGACAUCAGAGAGCCAAAAGGGCACUCCAUCCUGAAGACAGGACGGUGCACUUGGACUUCCACGCUCAUGGAAGACAUUUUAACUUACGGCUGAAGAGGGAUAUACAGGUCUUUUCUCCGGAUCUUGUCGUUGAGGUAUCAGGAAAACAGGACCCCAUCGACACUUCCCACAUUUACAGUGGAGAAAUCUUCGGUGAAGAGGGCACUUUGUCUCAUGGCUCUGUGGUUGAUGGGCGCUUUGAGGGCUUCAUUAAAACCCACCAAGGAACAUUUUAUGUUGAACCCUCAGAGAGGUAUCUGAAGGACAACAAUGUGCCGUUUCACUCCGUCAUCUAUCAUGAAGAUGACAUUUAUUAUCCUCAUAAGUACGGCUCAGAGGGAGGCUGUGCAAACCACUCCGUGUUUGAAAGGAUGAAGAAGUACCAGGCAUCUGCAGUUGAGGAGCCAGGCAAUGGGGUAAGCAGGGCCACCGAAGAUGAUGAUACGUAUGGUCCAGUAAUUUUGAGAAAAAAGAGGGCAGCAGGGAGGGAGAAAAACACCUGUCAGCUCUUCAUCCAAACUGACCACCUCUUCUUCAAAUACUAUGGCACAAGAGAAGCCGUCAUUGCCCAGAUCUCCAGUCAUGUGAAGGCUAUUGACUCCAUUUACCAAACCACAGACUUCAUGGGCAUACGAAACAUCGGCUUCAUGGUUAAAAGGAUCAGGAUCAAUACCACAGACGACGAAAGGGACAAGAGUAAUCCUUUUCGCUUUCCCAACAUUGGUGUGGAAAAAUUUCUGGAGCUCAAUUCUGAACAGAACCAUGAUGACUACUGCCUGGCCUACGUCUUUACUGACAGGGACUUUGACGACGGUGUGCUCGGCUUGGCUUGGGUCGGGGCGCCUUCAGGAAGCUCAGGGGGUAUCUGUGAAAAAAACAAAAAGUACUCAGAUGAAAGGAGGAAGUCUCUCAACACCGGUAUUAUCACUGUUCAGAACUAUGCUUCUCAUGUUCCUCCCAAAGUGUCACACAUAACCUUCGCUCAUGAGAUUGGACACAACUUUGGCUCUCCUCAUGACUCUGGAAGUGAAUGCACCCCUGGAGAGUCUGUGGACCGGAACAAAAAGGAGCUGGGAAACUACGUUAUGUAUGCCAGAGCCACGUCAGGGGACAAGAUCAACAAUAACAAGUUCUCCAUCUGCAGCAUUCGCAAUAUAAGCGCCGUUCUGUUGAAGAAGAGAGAUUCUUGCUUUGUUGAGUCUGGUCAGCCUAUCUGCGGUAAUGGACUUGUAGAAAAGGGAGAGGAGUGUGACUGUGGCUAUAGCGAUCAGUGUAAAGAUCCCUGUUGCUAUAAUGCCAAUGAACAGGAGGAAAAACGGUGCAAACUUCAACCUGGAAAAGUCUGCAGUCCCAGCCAAGGCCCAUGUUGUACACCCGAAUGUUCUUUCAAGGGUUCUAGUGACAAGUGCAGGCUGGCAUCAGAAUGUGCUCUAGAAGGCUGGUGCAAUGGACGCACUGCACUGUGUCCAGCCUCAACACCGAAGGAUAACCUCACCUCUUGCCAUGCAGAUACACAAGUUUGCUUCAAUGGGGUCUGCUCUGGUUCUAUUUGUGAGAAGUACGGUCUGGAAGUGUGCACCUGCGCCAGCCAAGACGGCAAGGAUGAAGCAUCUGAGCUUUGCCAUGUUUGUUGCAUGGACAAAAUGAACCCAAGCACCUGCAGCAGUACCGGCUCAGAGAGAUGGGAUAAACAUUUCAAAGGACAAGUGAAAACGCUACAGCCCGGCUCACCCUGCAACGACUUCAAGGGAUACUGUGACGUCUUCACGAGGUGUCGACUGGUGGAUGCAGAUGGGCCUUUGGCAAGACUGAAGAAAGCCAUUUUCAACCCAGAGCUGUAUGAGAAUAUAGCAGAUUGGAUUAUGGCUCACUGGUGGGCUGUGCUGUUGAUGGGAAUUGCUCUUAUUAUGCUGAUGGCGGGCUUCAUCAAGAUCUGCAGUGUGCACACCCCCAGCAGCAACCCUAGACUUCCUGAACCGAAACCACUCCCAGGUACACUGAGACGAAACAAAGGUCAGAGAGCAAACCGACAGCAACCAGGUCAGCGUCGCAACCCUCCGCACAGAGAGCAGCACCCGAUGGUAGAGAGGAACUGAGCCGCCACUCUGCUCUUUGCCUUUGUUCUUAGUGCCUACAACAGCAGCACUUUACUCUGAAGAGUUACCUUUACCACAUAGUGCAAGUUUCAAAGAACUUUGAACUGAAGAUGUUUAUUGGUGGGGCCUACAGUCUUUCCCCACCUCACCUCUGAGAGCCAGAUUAAUAAUGGUUCACAAAGCUUUUAUUGGAAAAAGAUCUUUCAAGGAGGGACCUGGGGAAGUUUGCAGUUUUUUUUCCCCAUGUGGUCUUAAUAUUUUUUUUUUUAUCAAAAUGGAUGAGAGAAACAUGGUUUUGUUAGUGUGGCCUUAAUUCUUUUUCUUAUCUUCCCUGCAGCUCCUCUCUGAAAGGUCUCCAUCAUUAGCAUGACAGCAGCCAAAUGUCGUUACACGAGUUUUAGCUGCCAAAUCAUAUUGAUAUUAUUGCUGGAUUGCUAUUUUCAAACCAAAUACUGGAAGCUUUUGAUUUCUUAGGCAAACAUCUUAAUUGUGUGGUGUAGAGUUUCUUUUACCCCUUCUUUCAGAUGAAAUUAAAGUUCUUUAGGGUCAAGGGCGUCUACUGUUCUAAUUAACAUUCUCAGGAUCACUAAAUCAAUAACGUUCAAGUGUAGAGAUGGCUGCAUGCAUAUUUCAGGGUGAAGCCUGUUUGAUGUCCAAGACGGGCAUGAGAAGCCUGUAGUCUAGUGACCAGACAGAGAGGACAGGGUUUAGACCUUGGACACUGCGAGGUGGAUUUGCACUUGCUUUUGAACACAGAACUGAAAUAGUUAUCAAACUGAUUGUACCGCGCUUCUACUCCAUCAUAAAUGGAAUAUUCUCUGGUGAGUAAGUCAGCUGGCAAAGAAAAAAGGCCCAAUAAAACCAUCAGAAACCAUUGAGUUCAGCUCCCAGCCUCUGAAGCGUGUGAAAGAUUAGUUUUAAUGGAAAUGGGGAGUUUUCUUUAAGUAAAUUUUGUUGCAGUUUAGAAGACUUUGUACAUUUGGAGUGUUAUUGGGGGGCAAAGUCUAGAUUUCAAAUUUGUAAUUGCGUUACUGCUGCUGUCACCUGAUCUAAUAUGAGAGAGAACAAUCAGUAUGUCUUCUACUAACAUCCUUUUUUGCUUUACUCUUUGGGGUUUUCCUCUAAUAAGCUUUAUUUUUCUUUUUGCACUGUCUUUGCAUGUAUAACUGCUUUAAAAUGUGCCUACAUUAAGCAGCAUGACGGAAGUUGGGUGGAAAUGGUGCAUGACUGCUGAAAUAAGAUGUUCGGACAUCGCAGGGUUUAGCGUUUAGAAAUGUUUGUUUACCAGGACUGUGGUAUGCAAACACUUCCGAAUCGUGAUCAGCUCUUUGAUUGCAAAAACCUCAGAUUUUCAAAUUCUUUUGUAAUGACAAUUAAAAUCUGCGUUUAACCUUCAGUGGUUCUCAUUCAAAAUGAACUUUAUAUCACCUUAAGAGAUAAGUGAGGCCACUGAAAAAUUGUCUGUUUGAUAACAAAUGCAAAUGUUUAUUUUUAGCUCUUGAUUUGAGGUGGGACUCAGGAGUAAAUACGGCGCCCGGCUGCAACCCAAAGUUGUUUUUUGUAUGCAAAGUGCCAGGUUCUCACUGAUCAGUCUAUGCAGAGUAUCACCGAGUUCAGCAGUGAACAAGUUGGCCUCAUCACAAAGAAAUGCCUUCUAUCUGUUCUUCCAAACAGGAACACAGGAAAGAUUUUCAUUCAGAUGUUGCUGAAGAAAAGCUCCCAAGAAGACAAAAAAAAUAUGAAUAGAUAUAUUUAGCUUUUUACUGUUUGGGUUUUGAUGCUGUCGGUGUUUUUGUUUUUCUUAUUUUCAAACUUUUAUGUGCGUUUUUCUUUUUUUGCUUGUUUGAAGCAGUGUAUGGGUGAUCCUGAGUGGGUUGAUACUCUGGGAAUGUUGUUUAUUCCUUGUGAUGUGAAAAUGUGCACUGACAUAAAAGUAACCAAAUCCAGAUUCAGAACCACUGGGUGAUUUUAAUGCCUCUUGUCUUUUUAUAUCAAGUUUCUGUUUGAUCUUUAUGUUCUUUAUCCCAUCCGCCUUUCUUUAAGCAUAUUAUAAAUUUACAAGAAAUGUGCAAAGACUUAUUUUUUUUUCCAACUACCUGAAAUUCAGUAAUAAACUAGAACUGAUCAAAA